AUGGAUACGGACAAUCUCACUGCAACAGCGGCCAAGUAUGGCUAUUCGUUUGUUGCAGAGAAUGGUUCCAUUUUGUUUGCUAUCACGCUCGUCAUCCUGUUUACGUGGUUCAUAAUCCCCAACCCCGUGAAACGCAGCAAUAUGUCUGUACCCACUGUUACGCUCUUCAAUCCGUAUCUACCUGAAUUCCUGAGUCGAGUAUGGUUCAAUUCAACAGCCCCUACUGUGAUCUACAAGGGAUAUCGACAGUAUAAGGAUCGAGCAUUCCGCCUUCUCAAGCCCGAUGGGGAUAUUAUCGUACUGUCGAACAAGUACGUGGAAGAGCUACGCCAGCUACCUCUCACGACACUGAAUGCUCUGGAAGCGGUGUUUGAGGAUCAUGUAGGCAAAUACACGACAAUCUUGAAUGACAGUCACCUGCAUACCGAGGUUAUACAGAAGCGUCUGACUCCUGCGAUUAGUCGAUUGGUACCGAGAAUUAUAGACGAACUAGAGCAUGGCUUUGAUGUUGAGAUGCCAGACUGCGAAGACAAAUGGGUCCCAAUCAGGCCGUAUGAGCUCUUCCUCCGCCUAGUCGCUCGAGCUGGUGCCCGUGUGUUUGUAGGACCAGAAAUCUGCCGUGGAGAGAAAUGGCUGGCUGCUUCCAUCGACUUUACGAAGAACAUCUUCAUGACAGUCACACUGCUGCGUCCCAUACCAAGCUUCCUCCAUCCGAUCAUCGGGCCCAUGUUACCUAGUAGUCGCAGCCUAGACACACAGCUACGAUAUGUUCAAGACGAGCUUCUGGGUCCAGAGAUCGCGAGACGACGGCAGAAGGAAGCGUCGGGAGAUGCCGACUACGAGAAACCGGAUGACUUCCUCCAGUGGAUGAUGGACCUGGCGCAGAAUGAUAAGGAGGGUGAUCCAAAGAAUAUCGCUCACCGUCUGCUGGGUCUUACCAGCAUGGCAGUCGUGCAUACAAGUGCCAUGUCCAUCACUCAUGGCUUGUAUGAUCUCAUCGCGAUGCCUCAGUGGCUCGAGCCCCUCCGCCAGGAGAUUCAAGACGUCCUGCCCGACUGGAAGUCUACCACCUACAGUAAUCUAGUUGCGCUCAGGCGUCUGGAUAGCUUUCUCAAAGAGUCACAGCGCUUUAGUCCGCCAGGCGAGUUAUCCUUCCAUCGCGUAGUCAAAAAAGACCUGGUCCUCUCCGAUGGCCUCCGGCUUCCGAAAGGCACCCAUAUCUGCAUGCCAUCUGGACCCAUUGGCAUGGAUACUACGUACCUCUCCAAUCCCGAUACUUUCGACGCGUUCCGCUACGUCGACGGGGACAAAGCUCAGUCCCAGUUUGUCCACACCGGUGCCACCAGCAUGCACUUCGGACUGGGUCGGUAUGCAUGUCCCGGUCGCUUCUUCGCCACGUUUGUUUUGAAGGCCAUUCUCAGUCGGUUUCUUACGGAGUAUGAGUUUCGAUUUGGCUCUGAUCAGGUCGGGAGGCCUAAGAAUAUGUUACUGGGCGAUAAAAUCGUCCCGAAUACCUCCAUUGACGUGUAUUUGCGAAGGCGGGCUGGAUCACGGAGGAAGGCCUAA